GUCACCCGUCACUACCUGACGCCGUCCCCAUCGCUCUCUUUCUCCCGUCAUCAUUCACCCCGUUCCCCUCCCCCCCUUCGUUCCCCUCAAUGUCCCACCUCAAUAUCGACUAUGCUUCAGAUGACGAUGACCAUAUGCUCAUCGACGAUGACAAUGCAAGAAACACUUCUCAGGACCGUGAUGCAGAUGGCUCGGACGACGACGAGCUCGUUCCUGUCGGUCAUCGUCCACUAACGUCUUCGUACCAUAAUUCGCGAAUUUCCGACGAUGAAGACUCCGGUUAUGAAGACAAGGCAGAUGAAGCUGAUGAAGAUGAAGAAGACGACGAAGAGGAGGAUGGCACGUACGCUGGCGAACCGCGCUCUCGGAAGAAGGUUGUAAAGAAGAAGAAAACCCCUACAUUAACUGCUUCCCGUCCCAGAGUGCCCACACGCCAUGUCUCGGCUUCAGACUCGGACUCGGACUACGGUUCUCGUUCGAAAAAGAAGAAGAGAACACCCAGGCCUCAGUUCGAGGAGAUUCGUGUGUCCAGCAGAGGUGGCAAAAUACCCAAUUACAUUGAUGACGUUCAGGACUUUGAGCAAUUUGAGGAUGAAGUCGGUGAUGAUAACGUCUAUUACCCAACUGCGCAGGUUCAGCCGUACCAAGAGGAAGACGAGAUUGAAGCCGUGCUGAGUCACAGCCGUGACGAGGGUCGCGAGAACGACCCAGAGGAUAUUUGGUUUGAUAACAUUCGGUUCCACAUAAAAUGGAAAAACUUUUCUCAUCUUCAUAAUACGGAUGAAACCUACGAGUUCUUGAAACGCUUCAGAGGCUUGAAACGCGUCGACAACUAUAUCAAGACGUACAAGUUUUGGCAAUCGAGGCUCAAAGCUCCAGGCUUGUCUCGGGAAGAUCAAGAAGCACUACUUCUGGAUAAAGAACGUGAAAAAGAGGACCUUGAAACUUUCAAAACUGUUGAGAGAAUAGUGUCCCAUCGUGAAGCGGAAGAUCAGGAUGGUUCCCCGGUCAUGGAAUAUUUCUGCAAAUGGACUGGUCUCAACUACGAUCAUUGUACCUGGGAAACGCAGAAAGACGUCAAUCCAAUCGCAAUGCCACAGAUUGAGGCCUAUCGUCAACGGGAGAUGGAGGCCAAAUUCCCCUACAAAAGCGUCAGCUAUUCGAGGCACAACAGACCGAAGUUCGAAAAGAUCAAGGAAGAUCCUGAAUGGAUUGCAGCGACGGGUUGCCAACUGAAGGACUUUCAGCUUACUGGGUUGAACUGGCUCGCCUAUCUUUGGUGCAAAGGGGAAAAUGGCAUCCUCGCUGACGAGAUGGGUCUUGGAAAGACUGUCCAAACGGCUGCAUUCCUUUCCUACCUCUUCCAUAAAUUUCAUCAAUAUGGCCCAUUCCUCGUCAUCGUUCCGCUGUCCACGAUAACUGCCUGGCAGUCUCAGUUCGCUCUCUGGGUCCCUGACAUCAAUGUCAUCACGUACAUAGGGACGGCAGCUGCUCGGGAGGUCAUUCGUAGGUAUGAGUUUGGACCCUCCAAUAAGAAGCUCAAGAUGAACGUUUUAUUGACGACGUACGAGCUGACUCUUCGGGACGCGAAGGAAUUAUGCGACAUCAAAUGGCAGGCGCUUGCAGUCGAUGAGGCCCAUCGCCUCAAAAAUUCCGAAAGCCAACUCUACGAAGCGUUGAGAACAUUUACGGCUGCCUCCAAAUUAUUGAUUACAGGCACUCCUUUGCAAAACAAUGUUAAGGAACUGCUGUCAUUAAUGCACUUCUUGAUGCCUGAAAAGUUCGCCCUGACGAAUGAGUUUGAUCUCAACGACGCUGAUCAUGAGGCGAAAAUAAAGGAGCUUCACCAACAGCUCGAGUCGUUGAUGCUUCGGCGUUUGAAGCGGGAUGUUUUGAAAUCGUUGCCCACAAAGAGUGAACGGAUUCUGCGAGUGGAAAUGAGUGGCCUCCAAACUCAUUUCUACAAGAACAUCUUGACCAAGAAUUUCCAAGCUCUAGUCAAGAGUGCAAACGGGAAUCAAAAUAUCAGUUUACUUAAUAUUGCCAUGGAGCUGAAAAAAGCAGCAAAUCAUCCUUACCUCUUUGAUGGAGCGGAGCCUCAUUCAACGUCGGAGGAAGAGACGCUCAAAGGACUUGUCAUGAACAGUGGGAAGCUGGUUCUCCUCGACAAACUUCUGGUUCGUUUACGCCAGGACGGCCACCGUGUCCUUAUCUUUAGCCAAAUGGUUCGUAUGCUGGACAUCUUGAGCGACUACAUGUCUCUUCGAGGGUAUCUACACCAACGACUAGAUGGCAUGGUAUCUUCUGAUGCACGGAAGAAGUCGAUCGCUCACUUCAACAUGCCCAAUUCGCCAGACUUUGCCUUCCUGUUAUCGACAAGGGCAGGAGGACUUGGGAUCAACUUGGAGACAGCGGAUACUGUGAUCAUCUUUGAUAGCGAUUGGAAUCCGCAGAAUGACUUGCAGGCAAUGGCUCGGGCGCAUCGUAUAGGUCAGAAAUCUCACGUCAGCGUCUAUCGGUUCGUCAGCAAAGACACGAUGGAAGAGGAUGUGCUUGAACGUGCGAAGAAAAAGAUGGUGUUGGAAUAUGCUAUUAUCAAUCAGAUGGAUACAUCUCAAGCCCACUUGAGUUCAAAGGCUAAUCCAAUGAAGGAGGCAGUCAAGCCUGACAAUUUGAGUAAGGAUGAACUCACCGCUGUCCUGAAGUAUGGGGCACAAAAGAUGUUCGACAAGGACGAUAAACAGCAGAGCCAAAAACUCGACGAGAUGGACCUCGAUGAUAUUUUAAAUCGGGCUGAAGACCACGAAACUCUUGAGGAGGCUGAUGGCGGAACCUCCCUGGGAGGAGAAGGUUUCUUGGCUCAGUUCGCUGCUGUCAGCGACGUCAAGAAUGACAUGAACUGGGAAGACAUUAUACCACUUGAGGAAAGACAGAAAUUCGAGAAAGAGGAGGACCAGAGAAAGGCGGAGGAACUGGCUGCAGAGGAACUGAGAGAUCGAAAGCGGAAUCUUGCUCCUGUUUCCUACGAAGGGAUGGAUGUCGACCAUCCGCAAGCACCGUCAGCUCCCAAGAAACCGAAGGCGCCUGCUGCUCAGAGGAAGAGUGCCAGUCAAAAGGCGAUGGAACUGAAGGAACGUGAUGUUCGCGUGCUCAUUCGAAGUAUGCAACGUUGGGGCGAUAUCCGACAGCGGUAUGAUAUCAUCGUAACCGAAUCCAAGCUUCAGGACAAAAAUAGGGCGAUGAUAUUGGAUGUCGCUGACGAGAUCAUUGACAUAUGCGCAAAGGCAGUCAGAGAACACGAAGACAGCAAACGGAUCAGACAAUUGCAGGGGGAGACACUCACCAAUGCCCAGAAGAGCAAAGCAAUUCUGGUUACAUGUCGAGGCGUGAACAAUGUGAACGCCGAAACUGUCUUGUCGAGGAAUACUGACCUUCGGAUCCUUUACGAAACGCUAUCCGUGCUUGAAGACCCUUACAAAUGGUCUAUACCUGUCGAUAACAUCCGCCCUACUCUCAAUUGGUCAGGGAGAUGGGGCCCCCAAGAUGAUGCGAUGUUACUUGUAGGCGCGUAUCAUUAUGGGUUUGGGAAUUGGGAACAAAUGGCGAAAGACCCCAAACUUAACCUUGAAGGCAAGUUCUUCUUAGAAGAAGGGAAGAAGGGCGAAGAUUCGGCCAGUCGCCCAAUUCCGAAUGCGAUACAUCUGGUCCGGAGAGGGGACUUUUUACUUGGUCUCUUGCGUGAGUACAACGAGAAGAUCCGAUCAUAUGAGAGCUCGUUACGAUCGAAAAGCCAUAAAGUUUCGGCAUCACCUCCUCCGCAAGUUGCGUCCUCGUCUUCUCAUGUUAGCAGCAUAAGACGCCGUGCAGAAAUGGAAGCAGUGGCAUCCGUUGAUGAUCCUAGUACACGUAAACGUAAACGUCGACCGACACCUACAUUUACAGAUUCCGAAUCUUCGGAUGAAUGCCCGUCGAUGGAUGAAGCCUCGACGAAAGAGGAGCUGAGACCGGUGAAGAAGCAGCUGAAGCAACUGAAGCUAUCUGGCGAAGAUAUGCCCCGGGAUGACAAAGUUGCAAUCCUCAAAGACUCCUUGGCUGCGAUUGGUCGUCGUAUUGAGACUGUUCUCAGCGUGAAGCAGGCGGCGGGAGAGGACAGAGAGAGGUGGAGACGCCAUCUUUGGACCUUCGUGACACUAUUUUGGCCCAAAAAGGUGAAAGCGUCGAAGCUUGAAGAGAUUCAUGCGAAAAUGGUCAUGAAAGAGGCCGCACCAAAUAAUAGGGCCAGCGUAGAAUCGAUGAAAAAGCCCCGGUUGAGCGGACCGGGGGCGAAGACGAAUGGUUCGCACGCUGGCUCCAGCAGCUCGAGAACAAACGGCAAAUCCCACCACAGGUAGUAGUGCCCAUAAUCAAUUUAAGAAAGACCUGGAUAAUUUCUUUCCGUGUUGCCUCUACUUUCUUUCGAUUAAUUUCCCUUGAUCUUUUCGCACUUCCCCUUGUUGUUAAUAUUAUCUCACUUUCCCUUGUAUUUGGUAUGUAGAAGUUGUGUAGCCUCAAAU